AAAGAACCCUAAAAACUAAAAAGGGGUCACUACAGAACAGACCGAAACGCUCCAGAUUUUCAAAUUUCGAAAUUGGCGCCUCCUCAUUUCUGUCUCCAUCUGUCCUCUCGAUUCUGCAUCAUCCUCCAUUUUAUCCGAUCUCCAUUUCCGUUAAUUCAAACUCGAAGGCUUUGAUAAUGGGAGCAUCUCAAAGUCGCGAGGGUCUGGAACUGUCAGAUUCCGAUCGUGAAGAUGAGAACGAGGUAACUAAUGAAGAAGAGGAGGAGAAAUACGAGGAUGUUGAAGAAGAGCACCAAAGAUCUUCAGAGCGACGCCCGAAAACGCCAUCUUCAGUGGAUGAAGUAGAGGCGAAACUCAGGGCUCUUAAGCUCAAGUACGGAUCGUCUCAGAAGCCAACCCUGAAGAACGCUGUGAAGCUUUACCUCCAUAUUAAUGGCAACACUCCUAAAGCGAAAUGGAUUACCUCCGAAAAACUCACUACUUACUCUUUUCUCAAGUCUUGCAGAAUUGAUAAGGGUGGAAAUGAUGACGAGGAGGAGGAAGAUGAGGAGGAGGAGGAGGAGGAAGAAGGGAAAGAUAACUCUUGGUGGUUUUUGAGAGUUGGAUCGAAAAUUAGAGUGAGAGUAUCGUCAGAAAUGCAAUUGAAAACAUUCGGAGACCAGCGGCGAGUGGACUUUGUUGCGCAGGGUGUCUGGGCGUUAAAAUUUUUCAGCGAUGAAGAUUAUAAGAUUUUUGUGGAAAAAUUCAAGGGGUGUUUAUUUGAGAAUACAUAUGGAUUUGAGGCUACGGAGGAAAACAAAUUAAAGGUUUAUGGGAAGGAUUUUAUCGGUUGGGCGAACCCUGAAGUGGCGGAUGAUUCAAUGUGGGAAGAUGCAGAAGAAAAUUUCUCAAAAAGUCCAAAUUCGGCUACGCCUGUCAGGGCAAACGAUUUAAUGGAGGAGUUUGAGGAAGCUGCAGAUGGUGGGAUUAAGAGUUUAGCUUUAGGAGCAUUAGACAACAGUUUCUUGGUCGGUGAUUCAGGAAUUCAGGUCGUCAAGAACUUCUCUCAUGGAAUUCAGGGGAAGGGUAUGUAUGUGAAUAUCGAUCAUGGAAAUCGGGGUCCUCGUGGAAGUGGUUCGUCUUUCGCCUACUCAACGCCGAAGAAGGCUCUUCUUAUGAAGGCUGAGACCAAUAUGCUUUUGAUGAGUCCAAUGAAUGAGGGGAGGCCUCAUACUUCUGGACUUCAUCAGCUUGACAUUGAAACAGGGAAAGUUGUUACUGAAUGGAAGUUUGGGAAGGAUGGGGUUGAUAUUUCAAUGAGAGAUAUUACUAAUGACUCUAAAGGGGCUCAGUUGGAUCCUUCAGGCUCAACAUUUUUGGGUUUGGAUGACAACAGGCUUUGCAGAUGGGAUAUGCGAGAUAGGAAAGGAAUGGUUCAAAAUCUUGCUACUUCUAGCACUCCUGUCUUAAAUUGGGCACAAGGGCAUCAGUUUUCUAGAGGCACUAAUUUCCAGUGCUUUGCAACCACUGGCGACGGCUCAAUUGUUGUUGGGUCGCUUGAUGGAAAAAUCAGGCUGUAUUCUAUCAAUUCAAUGAGACAAGCAAAAACAGCUUUCCCAGGCCUUGGUUCACCUAUUACACAUGUAGAUGUUACCUAUGACGGUAGGUGGAUUUUGGGAACAACAGAUUCCUAUCUAAUUCUUAUUUGCACUCUCUUUACUGAUAAGGACGGGAAGAUGAAGACUGGAUUUUCUGGUCGAAUGGGGAAUAGGAUUUCAGCUCCAAGAUUGUUGAAACUGACACCUCUGGAUUCACAUUUGGCUGGAGUAGACAAUAAGUUUCGAAAUGCUCAAUUCUCAUGGGUCACCGAGGACGGGAAGCAGGAGCGGCAUUUGGUUGCGACGGUGGGCAAAUUCAGUGUCAUAUGGAACUUCCAACAAGUGAAAAACGGGACACAUGACUGCUACCGCCAUCAAGAGGGCCUAAAGAGCUGUUACUGUUACAAGAUUGUUCUUAAAGAUGACUCCAUUGUUGACAGUCGUUUUAUGCAUGAAAAAUUUGCAGUGACCGAUUCGCCCGAAGCUCCAUUGGUGAUUGCGACGCCCAUGAAAGUUAGUUCAUUUAGCUUAUCUAGCAGGCUAAGAGGCUGAGAUUCAGUUCCAGAAUAUAAUCUGCUAUUGGUUUUUGUUGCAUUAUCUGAUGCAAUUAGCCACCUUUCUAAAGUGGCAUGUAAGUUCUAAACAUUAUAAUAGAUGCCUUAGGUAGUUCUAAACAUCUAUUAAUGAGUGAGUUCUCUAAAUGUAUUUGUAAUUGUAUUCUAUUUCAAGUUCCUUGAUGACUCGUGGUAGAUUUUUUUUUAUCAGUUA